AUGAAGUCUCUCGGCGGGUCACACAGUAAUGAAGCAGAAGCAGAAGUCUGCCGUCAAAUCGUUCUUAGUCUCCUUCACAAAGACGUUCGUCCGUCGUCCAUCGCCAUCAUAGACUUCUAUAAAGAACAGUCUCGCGCCCUUUCGCAGUUCGCCAAGACGUCCGCCGUCGAUCUUCAUACGGUCGAUUCUGUACAAGGCCGUGAGAAAGACAUAGUAAUACUCCUGACGACGCGUACUGGAUUCGACCCCGCACGUGGAGAGUUGUUGAACGAUCCACAUCGCCUUAAUGUCGCUCUCUCCAGAUGCCGCCACGGCCAAUUCGUAUUAGGUCACGAGAAGUCUCUAACAGGCUUGUCCCACUGGCAUGACAUCCUCCAUUGGGCUAGCAACCGUGGGGCCGUCACCACGGCAGCCACACUCCCCGACCUUCUCGAUUAA